AGGGCGAUUUUUUGGUCCCUUUCUUCAUUCAUUAAUUCGUCCAAUAACUUAUUCUUUCCAGAACCAAGUUUUGAGGCAGCAUGUGUGGUGGUUAAGAGUGCAGACUCUGGAGCCUGUCUUGAUUUCCCUCCUUGGCCAUUUGUGACAAGUGGGCAAGACAGUGGGUCUCAGCUUCCACACAUGAGAAAUGGGAUAACUAUCUACUUCAUUGGGUAGUUGAGAAAAUGGAAUUAAACAAUUCAGGCAAAGUCUGGCACCCAGUAAGCACUCAGUAAGUUCUAAAUAUUACUGUGAGCCAGACACUACUAAGAUCAUGGUUUUGAGAGAGAUGGGAGAAUAAAAUCAGUUGAGGCAAGAACUCACUUAAGUCCAGGGGUAAGUGCCGUGAUGGAACGUGCAAUGCUGUUCAAUGCGGUGCGGGGAGAAUAGAAUGGAGGGAGAUGUGCUGGGGAGGUCUUAGAGGGCGGGGACUUAAGAAUGAGUACAAGUCUACCAGGAUGUGAUGGGCGGCAGGGAAUUUCUGGCAGAAAAAUUCCUUGAAGAAUGCAUGGCAUGCUCAAGAAACUGGUUGUAUGAUGAUGCUGGCACUGAGAUGGUCAUUUCCUCCAGGAACUGGACUUCCACCGUCCAGUGUCUGUACCUCCAGAACAGCACUUACCACCCAUUUUCAUAUUGAAGUGUUCUUUUUAUGGUUCACUCCCUCACCUCCGGUCAGGGAUCUUGCAUUGGCCCUUGUCUCCUCCCAUAAUGCCUGGUAUUUGAUAAUUGUUGUUGAAUUUGAAGAGACAUAUAAGUGGUUAAUCUGGAAAGGGAGAACAUCGUUACUCCUAUGGUGUGGCAGACACUGCCAUUUUUCUAAGUGGUCUUGAACAGCCUACUGUUUACAUAAACAACAGCUAGACUUCAUGUUUUCCACUUCAGAAGCCUAUAAUCUACAGCUGGCAGAGAUCUGAAACACUACUUUUAGGAUAUUAUCUGCAUUUGACUUGAAAACUCUCCUUACUCCAAAAUGUUGAGAUACUGGGGCGAGAUACCAAUCUCAUCAAGCCAGGCCAACCGAAGUUCCUUUGACCUGUUGCCGCGGGAGUUCCGUCUGGUGGAAGUCCAUGACCCACCCUUGCACCAGCCCUCAGCCAACAAGCCCAAGCCCCCCACUAUGCUGGACGUCCCGUCAGAGCCGUGCAGCCUCACCAUCCAUACCAUUCAGCUGAUCCAGCACAACCGGCGACUGCGCAACCUCAUUGCCACAGCCCAGGCCCAGAGUCAGCAACAGACGGACGGUGUGAAGACUGAAGAGGGUGAACCCCUUCCUUCUUGUCCUGGGUCACCUCCUCUUCCCGAUGACCUCCUGCCUUUAGACUGUAAGAAUCCCAAUGCUCCAUUCCAGAUUCGGCACAGUGACCCAGAGAGUGACUUUUAUCGUGGGAAAGGGGAGCCUGUGACCGAACUCAGCUGGCACUCCUGCCGGCAGCUCCUCUACCAGGCAGUGGCCACCAUCCUGGCCCAUGCAGGCUUUGAGUGUGCAAAUGAGAGUGUCCUGGAGACCCUAACUGAUGUGGCACACGAGUAUUGCCUGAAGUUCACCAAGUUGCUGCGCUUCGCUGUGGACCGGGAGGCCCUGCUGGGGCAGACUCCCUUCCCUGAUGUGAUGGAGCAGGUGUUCCACGAGGUGGGCAUCGGCAGUGUGCUCUCCCUCCAGAAGUUCUGGCAGCACCGCAUCAAGGACUAUCACAGUUACAUGCUACAGAUUAGUAAGCAACUUUCUGAAGAGUAUGAGAGGAUCGUCAAUCCUGAGAAGGCCACAGAGGACACCAAACCUGUGAAGAUCAAGGAGGAGCCUGUGAGCGACAUCCCCUUCCCCGUCAGUGAGGAGCUGGAGGCUGACCUUGCUUCCGGAGACCAGUCGCUGCCCAUGGGCGUCCUCGGGGCUCAGAGCGAGCGCUUCCCCUCUAACCUGGAGGUGGAGGCUUCACCACAGGCUUCGAGCACAGAGGUGAACGCUUCCCCGCUGUGGAACCUGGCCCACGUGAAAAUGGAGCCUCAAGAGAGCGAAGAAGGCAACGUCGCUGGGCACGGCGUGUUGGGCAGCGACGUCUUCGAGGAGCCCAUGUCAGGCAUGAGCGAGGCCGGGAUCCCGCAGAGCCCCGAGGACUCGGACAGCAGCUACGGCUCGCACUCCACUGACAGCCUCAUGGGCUCCUCCCCCGUUUUCAACCAGCGCUGCAAGAAGAGGAUGAGGAAGAUAUAAAAGGAGGGGAGAUUUUUCUGUCCAAAGUAAUAAACCCAACAGAAAACCCAAUGUACUCGAAUUUGUUUCCACCUUGAUUUGACUCAAACACAGUGGACUUUCCUGAUUUCAGUGGAAUCAGACUCAAUGAAACAAGUUUGCAUCUUCUGUACCCAAGUUUUGUAGUUUCCCAUGGCAGCCACGCCACCUCUCGCAGAGGUCAAGACACUGGGACGGUUUUCAGACCUCAGCACUGGCUGUCACCCCUGUCCUCACUGUGAGACUAGGCAAGUGUGUUAGCCUCUCUGGGGCCGUCUCUCUUGCACAGCUGAGAAGAAUUGUACCCCUCCGGCCAGUGUGGCAGGGCUCUUGUGAACACCCAGAUGUUAAUAAACCUCCCAGCUGGGCUUGAACAGACUCACGAGUAAAUGUGUGCUGGUAUCAGAUGUCAGCUUGCUCAUUUAAUUUGCUUCAUUCUUGGUUCAGUUGUUGGGAAUCCAGUACUAUUACCUAACAGGAAAUAGCUAAAUUCUGUACUGCCUUUCCAUCAGCAGCCUUUUAAACUCUUGCUGCCCAUGAAGUCUCUUAAAAUUGUCCGUGGUAACAGACUUUUUGGUUAUUCAGACAGCCCUCUCGUACCUCAUCCACUCACUUUCUUCUUGCUUUAGAUUUAUUCCAUCUAGUCUCAUCCUUUUUGUCUGUUUUCUUAGUUCCACUCAGAUCUUUAAAAUGUAGUCAUACCUUGGUACUUGUUGGCUUCAGAACUUGUCAAAUCCUGUACUUUGCACUUUGACAAGAAAAAAACGUUUCAGCACUCGACACUUGCUCUGGACUCGUCACACGUGCUAGAACUUGUGCGAGGCACACCACUGCAGAAGGAAACUUUUCAUCGUUUGGUAUCGGUUUCGGCACUCACCUCAAGUUCUGGAACAAAUUAAGGACAAGUACCAAGGUACCACCGUGUUUUUAUUGUAUCAUUUCUUCAGUUGUUUCUUUCCUUUUCCCCUUUCUGAAUAAGACGAACAGGGCCUGUCCAAGGACAGGCUUGUGCUUAUUUCAUAUCUGCUUGGCCUUAGAGGACAGCCGUCCGUUCCUCAGCCAGAAUUCUACAUCUGCACAUUACCCUCCUACUGGAUGCACAGCCUCUAAAGUGGUAAUAGGCACCUCUCUACUCUUCAUGUCCUCAACAACCUUACUGUCGCUACUCACCCACCAACCACUCUACUGCCCUGCCCGGCAUCGGAUAGUCUGUCAGUCUUACUAAGUAAACGGUGCAGCACUGGGGUGACGAGGAACACUUGGCAAAUGUGUGCUUCGUGCCUUGGUAAUAGGUACCAGCAUGUUAAACAUUGCUGAAGGUUGCUUUUCAGGUGCAGAAUGCAAGCCUUGUGACAUUCAGAGCACUCCUUUAUUAAAGACCAAAAUCAAGGCACAGCUUCAAUUAGUACAUUCCUGAGUGUCUUAAAUGCCCCCGGCAUUGAGAAUAAAGAUGAAUGCAAUAGCAAGGUUAUAAUCUGAACUGUUACCAGUUUAUAAGUUUGCUAAUUGUACAUCCUUAGCACACUAUUUCAACCCUUCCUUUUCCAGGCUUAGCUUUGUCUUUUGUGAAUAAAAGCGGACAUUGGUUUCCAUACAAUAGCCAUCUAAUAUUUAAUUCAGUUAGGAAGUAUUUAUUGAGGACUUAUUAUGUGCUAUGUCCUUUGCAAGGGCUACAAAGAUAAGCAAGACUUUGUACCUGCCCUUAUGGAGCUGAUAGUGUAGGCCAUAUACAUCAUUCUUUUUUUUUUUUCCCACUACCACUUCCACCCAUCCUCCUUCCCCCCACAAUCCACACAAGUUAUUCCUUAAGGGAAAAUUAUUCAAAGGCACUAAGGG